AUGCCGUCCUUGUGGCCUUCGCACCCCGGACUAAGCUGUAUGCUUGAGAAAGGCUUCAGCUGGAACGAAUCGACCUCAUGGUCUCGAGCCGUUGAUACGGCGAAACCCGUGACCCGACCCGCUGGAAAUAUAGUCCCACCAGAGAUUCUGCUGCAGAUCUUCUACAUGUUGAAUCCCCGGGACUUUGAUAAUGCCCGGCGGAUUUGCUCGCAAUGGAUGCGGAUUAGUCUGGACCAGAAUCUACUGGAGAGUAUGCUGAAGAAGGCUGGUUGGUGGGAUGCAUGGCAGCGGGAUUUCCAGCUGCAGCGUCCUCCUGCUUCAGCUGCGGAAGAGCAAAGUCUGGUGUGGAGGAUGAGCAAGCGGUUCUCGACCGAGUGUCUGCUGUCAGGCCGCAAGUUGAAUGUCGAGAAGCCUGGGUUCUUGACCACAGGUGUUAUAGAUUUCUCAAAGCUCUCCCCUCAACAUCCUUCGCAGAGUGCGCGGAGCGCGCAGGGUCCGUCUGAGGCAGCCGAUUAUUCCAGCAAAGAUGCUACGACUUCAUCGAAGUUCAAUGUUAGCACCUGCGGAAACUACUUGCUAGUUACGUCUGGCUGUAUGAUUCAUGUCUACCGCCUGCUGGCCAAGAAGACUGGCCCGUUGGAGUCAACGUCGUUGGCAGACGUUAGCAAUAGGGAUAUCGCGCUUGUCGCAAGCAUCCCUUGUCCGGAUGGUGUGGUGUCAGCUACCAUUGACACCAGUGCACCUAGAUUCGUCAUUGCUGCGUUGCUUCGUGAUCGCGUCGGAAUGGUCUGCGACCUUGUCACGCCCGAGAAUCAAGAUGCCGUGAACGAGUCUGUACAAAACGAUCCGAUUGACUCGCAACACUACUACCACGACGUGUGCUCCCCCGAAGACCCACCCCGCAGCGUGUCCAUCUGCCCCGGCCGUCGCUGCGUCGCUUUCGGCGGCGGAACCGGCAUCGAACUACGCUGGAUCGACGAAGUAUCCAAGCAAGACUGCAGAAAGCACUUCCCCAUGACCCAACCAUCAGAAAUCCUCCACUUCCUUCCCAACCGCGCAGACACCCCCGAAGAACUCCGCCUCGUCUCCUCCCUCGCCGACCCCGGCGUCUCAGCCUGCCAAUGCCACAGCGAGACCAAGCAACCCUGCCAACUCCACUUAGCAGCAGACAUCCACUCCCUAACCAGACUCGACCCCCGCGACAAGCAGAAUCUCAGCCUCGUCCGCGCAACACACUGCCACCAUUACCGCGCGAUCCCUAUAAACGACGGCCUGCACAUCCUCUUCAUCGAGCCGCGCACGGGAUUCCUCUGUAUAGGCUCUGACUCACCAAUUGGCGGUCCUUCAAGUCUAACCCGUGCCCUCGUCUGCGCACCUCCAUUCGACCACGAACGCCCCGACUCUGUCCCAACACCAACCGUCUUCGCAGCAGGCUCAGAUCUCUCCUGGGGUCUUCGGGUCGUCGCAGCCUACAAGGACCGUCUAGUCCUGUACUCCGUACCUUUAGACGUAUUCAACGUCAUCCGCAAAGAACGCGAAGCCCAAUCGCUAGGUGUAAUGGGCGACUCCGACCUUGCGCGCGACUGGUUCCUAGACGGUGAACGCUCCUUCAAGCGACGGGGUAGUCUCGUGCCUAACCAGAAUGGUGAUUGGGAGUUCUUGCUUAGUGUGAGCUACCGUCCUACGGCAAUGAUGUGGCCACUCAAGAUAUACGGGAAGGAAAUCGGAAAAAUGGACAAUGUCGUCGAACUGGCAUUGCAGUCGUCGCAUGGCGGAGCGAGGGUAUGGGCAUUCGGAGCGUCGGGUGAAACCAACAUUGUCGACGUGGAUACUUUCACAUCUCCCGCACAGAGACCAGCAGAUGUCCCGUGUAAAUCCCUCUCCAUCGACGCAGACGGCAGCAUUGAAAAUGCACAAUUCGUCAAUCGAUCCGAGGAAUCGGGAUUGUUCUCCCCGAAAUCACCCCGGUCGGAGUUCAUUAAUGACUUUAGAGGUCAGCAUUCGACUUCUGCGCAGCUGCAUCAUACACUGGCGGGGUUGAAUAUGGACCAGCGCGCUCAUCCCCAUGCAACUGCCCAGCCCGCUACUCAGGCGGCCGGCGCGGCUUCGCGACGGCGUCCGUCGUACGCGGCGUGUAUUGUUGGGUUUAAUAUUCCUGAACUUGGGGCGAGGGAGGGGAGAUGGGUUGAGAAUGAAGCUUGA